CGUCACUAUAUUGUUGACGAUGGCGAGUGAAGCAGUGUUGGACCGAGGGUCAUCGUUUAUGGAACCCCUGAAGGGGCUUCUGUUGACAUAUUUUAUGCCAGAAUCAUGCUAUGACGAGUUUUUCCUCAGUUUCAACUUUUUGGACGUACCAUGUCUGAAGAUUGUAUUGAGCAAAGGCCUGGGGAUCGGGAUCAUCCUGGGAUCAGUGCUGGUGAAACUGCCACAGAUCUUAAAGUUGAUGGGAGUAAAGAGUGCUGAGGGGCUGAGCUUCAAGUCUGUGCUGUUAGAGCUGCUGGCCAUCACAGGAACAAUGGCCUACAGUAUCGCCAACAAGUUCCCUUUCAGCGCCUGGGGUGAGGCCCUGUUCCUCACGCUGCAGACCGUCACUAUUGGCUUCCUUAUUCUGCACUACGGAGGAAGAACCAGUAAAGGUCUCCUGUUCCUGGUAAUGUAUUUUGCCCUUCUGCUCCCCCUGCUCUCUGGAGUCACCCCCAUGUCAGUGGUGACCAUCAUGCAGGCUUUCAACAUGCCAGCCAUCAUCAUUGGCAGGCUGAUCCAGGUAGCCACUAACUACAGUAAUGGACACACUGGCCAGCUGUCUGCUGUCUCUGUCUUCCUGCUGUUUGCUGGAUCACUCGCCCGCAUCUUCACCUCCUUACAGGAAACUGGAGACUCACUGAUGGCCCUCACCUAUGUUAUAUCCUCCACCUGUAACGGCAUCAUCACUCUGCAGGUUCUUUACUACUGGAACAGUUCCCCAGAACACAAGACAGAGACGAAAAAGAAGACUGAGUAGGCAAAGAACCAAGCUAAACUUUAAUUCUAGAGUUACUCUUCUCACCAAAUUUUAAGAUACAAAGAGACAUUUUCAAAACUUGAAAGCACCACUGGAAAUUGGAGCCCCGUUGCGUCUGGUGGACAAACUUUUGACCUUGAUGCAAAGAUGUUAUUCUUGCUAAGCAGAUGUAAGGUAGUGUUUUCUAUUGUUUCUGUGUAGGCCCACUGGCUUUAUGAUUGCCAGUCAGCUGGUGGUCGCAGGUUGUGUAGCUCUAAGCAGAGCUGCUGGGGGUCAGACUCCUACUGUUAUUACAUUCCUCUUCAUGCAGUUCAAUAUUUGGUUGUCCGUACACUUGCCUGUUAAUUUUAUUUUUGGGAAUGGUUUGAAACUGCCCAUGAAUGCAUGUAAUGGAGAAUUUUGUGUUUUGUCAUUAAACAUGAAAAUAUUUCCACA